AUGAGGGCAGAUCCUAUAUCAAAAAUUAAACACCUGAAGUUGCUUAAUGUUGAAGACAUGAACUCUUUAGGAAGUCUCAGUUACCUUUCGAAUGAAUUAGGAUAUCUUAUUUGGAACAAAUAUGCUUUUGAUUGUUUGCCUCCAAGUUUCCAGCCAGGCAAACUAGUUGAGUUGAAUCUACGUGGGAGCAACAUUGAUCGAUUGUGGCAUGGCACAAAGCCUUUGCACAACUUGAAACGUUUGGACCUCUCUUUCUCCAAAAAUUUAGUUGAGAUGCCCGAUCUUAGAGAUGCACUAAAUCUUGAAAGGCUAGCUCUUGAAGGAUGUAUAAAGCUCAGAAAAAUCAAUCCAUCCCUUGGUCUUCUGAGAAAGCUUGCUGUUUUGAAUUUGACAAACUGCAUAAACCUAGUAAGCUUACCCAAAAGCAUAUUCGGCCUGACUUCUCUUCAAUAUCUCAGUGUUUCUGGCUGCUCAAAACUGUACAAUAAUGAGUUAAUAGAUGAACCAAGGAAUGAAGAGAAUUUAAAGAAGCUUUGUUUAGUUGAAGCUCCUAUUCAUUCCCAGUCAACAUCCUCUUUGAUAAAAAAGUGGCUUGUGAGGUGGCCUUUAGAUUUGUUGUAUUCCAGAGCACAAAGAGACUCGAUUAGUUAUUUGAUACCUUCCUCUGCUACUCUCCCUUAUUUGCGUGAACUAGAUCUAAGUUUCUGUAACUUAGUUCAAAUCCCUGAUGCCAUUGAAAAGUUACAUUGCUUAGAAAAGCUAAAUUUAAAGGGAAACAAUUUUGUUACGCUUCCCAGCCUCAAGGACCUUUUCAGACUCUAUAAUUUAAACAUACAGCAUUGCAAGCGGUUGAAAUAUUUUCCUAAUCUCCCUUCACGAACUCAGUUGCCUUCAGAUGUUUACAGUGUCGACUUGUCAUAUUCACCGUCUGUAGCUACACGUUUUAUUCCAGACGACGAAGUUAGUGCAGGAUUAAUCGUUUUCAACUGCCCAGAGUUAGUUGAUAGGGAAAGAUUCACUAGCAUGAGUGUUUCAUGGAUGAUACAAAUUUUUCAGGCAAACCACCAAUACGGAUGUCUUGGUCCAGAUGUUGAAAGUAUUAUCCCUGGAAGUGAAAUACCGAGGUGGUUUAACUAUCAGCAUGUGAGCAUGGACAACUCAAUAGUCAUAGAUGCAUCUCCCGUUAUGCAUGACAAUAAUUGGAUCGUAGUUGUGUGUUGUGCAAUCUUCCAGGUACGGGAAAUGCAUUCUCCAAGAAAAACAUCAGAUUUUCGUGUUACAAUUCCGGUCGAUGUCAGGAGAGAUCUACUCAUGGACGAUUCAGAUCACAUGUGGAUAUUCUACUUAACUCAUGAAGAGUUCAUUGAUCAAUGUAAUUCUACGGAAGCACCUAAUAUUGGUUGCUUGAAAAUGAAAAUGAAAAUACAGGACAUGGAAGAUUUCCGUGAAUACACGAUGAAACACGGACAAAUGGACGAGACAGUUUUCCUGACUAAGAAACACGGGCAAAUGGAAGCGAAAAUUUUUCCGGUUGAAGUAAAGAAAUACGGGUACCGUUGGGUAUCUGAACAAGAUCUAAAACUAUCAAAUUCAACAAUGAUGCAUGAUGCAAAUUUGAUAACUGGGAGGCACAAGUUUUUGGCAAUGGAAAAAAACAGGUAG